UAACAAUGUUUUAAUAGCUGUCUCUCCUCAUUAAACCCUCUUUACUUUAUAAAGAGAGAGAACCCUCUCUGGAGUCUCUGCCCCUCUCUCUCUUUUUAGUCACUGUUGUUAUGGUCGCGCCGCUACUCGCCGCCGUGUCCUCUGACCUUGAACCGAUGGAGAAAGCCCUUUUCACCGAAUCAACGCUGAGUCAACUCGGCUUCCCUAACGAGUUCCCCUACGAAUUCGACUCCUACGCUUUCACCUCCCCGGGAGACUCAACAGAGACGGAAGACGAAGAUGACUUCUUUGCCGGGUUGACUCGCAGACUCGCUCUCUCUACUCAGCGCCUCCCUUCUCCUCCUCCUCCCUUCGCCAAGGCUGCUGAGGUGAACUCGACUGAGUCAACUCGGAGUGGACUCGGGGGCUUCACAACCUCUGGAAACAGAAGUCCCAGUGGUCCGUUCUCGCAAGCCCCUUCACGGCCAGAGUCUCCGUGUGUUGAAGAAGACUCUUUGAAAGUAAUAUCUGCUGCAGCUGGAGAAGUCGCCAAGAUCAAAAGGGCAAAUCUUGAUUCAAAACCCAGUAGCCGCACAAACCCUAAUCUUAAUCCAUUCAUCCCAUUUCCUCAAAACGCUGCGUUUGGUAGCUACUACUACUGGCUACAGCAGCAGCCACCGCAAAUCUCUAACUACCAUCAGUCUCCGAUUAGAUUCGUGUCGACGUUGCAGCCCGCCUUGAUCGCGUUUCCCUUUCCCGGUAGAGGCGUUUUCGCCGCCGCUAAACAACCGUCUGCUGGUACCGGCGUUUUCCUUCCCAAGAAUCACAGAAACCCUUUAGAUUCCCGGAAGAAAGGAGGAGGUGGAUGUGUUGAGCUCCCGACAAAGGUUGUUCAGACACAACAUCUUAAAACUCAAACAUUCUCUGGUCGGUGGAACUCACGUUCGCAAGCUCGUCUUAGUACUCAUUCGAACAUCCCCAACCUCAGUUCCGAAACUCAGUUUCCAAAACUGCAGUAACGGUGGCUGUCUGAAGGAAGAAAGACAUCUUCAACAAGAAUGAAUGGUUGUACUGUAGGAAUCCUACAGUAGGAUUCAGGACUUUGAAGAAAACGGAGACGGUCGUAGUUAGUGAUGGUUACUGGUUAUAGUAAAGAAGAAUUGGAUUGAUAUUUUAUUGGUUAUUGCUUAAUUUAUAUUUGUUGAUUAGGAGAAUGUAGAAAAGGGUUUUAAUAAGAACUAUUUUUGGUGGCCUUUGGAGGAAUUUUCAGCUGGUCUUCCUUUGGUGAAGAUUAUGUCUUUGUAGUUGUAGUUGCAGUGCAACACCAUAAAGGAUGUGUUGAGAGUACACAUUAGGGUGCUUUCUACUCUUUUUGGAAUCUGAGGGUUGCAAUGAACUAUUUGUAAUUUUUAUUUUGUUGGUUUGUUUGAAUAAAUGAAGCAAAGUUUGUAGUGAAA